UCGCAUGGUGGGGUUCAGCUGUGCCGACUCGAGCCUUCUGGGCCGGACAACCCGUUCGAAAGACGACGAAGCCGUCUUGUGUCCCAAGCUCGCUUCGAGGUCUGCAAGGGAACCUCUUUCGUGUGAUUGACGAGUAACUCGACCGCGACUGUAGUGUCUUCGCUCUCAGGCACCCCACACACUCAGAUGGAGAUAUCAAAUCCCAGGAGAGUGCUGGCCGUUGCCCUCGAGGGGUCGACGGUACAUCUGACAAAGGUGAUCAAAGACCUCACCGGUAGCCACCCGGAACAAACGUCCACAAGCCUGGCCGGCACAACACACAACUUGUCCAUAAAGACCUCGUACUAUACGGCCGAGGUCCCGAUAUGGCUCGACCUGAUCGCCUCGCCCGAGGAGUGGGCCGAGUCGUUCCUGUCGGACGAGGCAAAGGAGGUCCUUGACGUGCUCGGCGGUAUCGUUGUUGUAUUCGCAAUACCGCCGCAGAGCUCAUCAUCGUCGUCGUCAUCAGCGGCAGCGGCAGCAGUAUUACCUCCCUCGGUAAAUACAACUUCAGCGUUGGCCGUGGAGGACGCAGCCACGGAAAAGAGCACACCCACAGCAGAUGCCGCCGAGACCCCAAGAGAGUCACCAACCACGUCAGCACCGUCAGCACCGUCGGCAUCGAUAUCAUCACAACCACCACUAUCACCACCACCAAACUCCGCCGACCAGGCCCGCGACCUUCUUCGGCAUGUGGGCCGCGUCGUGCAGGACGGGCUGGGCGGGUGGUCGUGGGACGGCGUGUCGCUGUGCGUCGGGGUCGGCGAGGCCGACGACGUCGACGAGUGGGAGGAGCUGGCCGCCGGGUGUGGGCUCGAGUUCGUGCAGGUCAAGAGCCGCGCGACGGGGGGUCCGGGGAGGAACGAGUUUGGCGAAAAAACGGGAAUCCCCAGAGUCCUCGAGGCCCUAGAGUCAAAUGACUGGGCUGCGGGCGAUCUCGACCCCCUCGGCUCAGACGACGACGGUUUCGGUGACUUCAUGGGCCAAUCUGACGACGACGAUCUCGGCAUUGGCAGCGCCAGCGCCAAGAAGGACACAGACAUUGACCCGGAGAGUCUCGACUUCGGCUUCGACCGGGAAGACUUUGAAGGGCUGAAGCGCGCGAUAUGGAGCUCGGGGCAGGAGAUUGAUGCGACGACGACGACGACGACGACAUCAGCUCCGCCGGCUGCAGCAGCUGCUGCUGUGGGAGCUGAUGUCGUCGUCGGGCAGGGUGGCACGGGAACCGCCGACGACAAGAUGGACGACGAGGAGGUGGAAAAGAUUGAGCGCAUGAUGCUCAAGCUCUCGGCGGUUCGGGACAUGGCCGCCGGUCUGCCUGAGGAUCAGAGGCGGCGGAUGGCGGCCAAGGCUGUCAACGAGGUCAUGAAGGAGCUCUAGAAGCGGGUUUGGCAAGCCCAUCACAGACCAUGCAUGUUUC